UGAGUUUUUUAAUAGAUUUACAUCAUUAUACAUUAUCCUUAAAUAUUCUGUCAUUGCUAAUUCUUUAAUCUCUCUGCAGCAUCACACUAUGGACUUUCUUGGUGCACUAUUAGUGCUGUUGCCUGUUGCAUGGACAUGCUCUCCCCAAAAAGCAGACUAUGUUAUGGUGUCAUGUUUCCCCAACGCUAUCAUUGCCAAUGUCCCAGAGUGUCCUUACGGCUGGGAGAUCGAUCAGUUAUCCCUGGGUGGUGUCUGUUACUCUGGAAUUCACAGCCCGGGCUACUACCGCUUCAUCAUCCCAGACCUAACACCUAAAAACCACUCGUACUGCGGCACACAGUCUGAGUACAUGCCCGGCAAAGACCCCAAGUACAUCUUCUAUAACUCCAUCGUGUCCAACGAUACUUCGCUCACAGUCAGAAACCAGCCGGUCAACUACACCUUCAGCUGCAUGUACCGAGCAGCCUACCUGGUAAACAACGCAGUCUUCAGCCAAAGAGUGGCUACAGUUUAUGUCAACAACGGGAGUUUAGGCACUUUUAGGUCACAGUUGUCUAUGAACGUGUUCACGAAUUCAAAGUUCCUGUAUGCCAAGGAUGCUCCCUAUGUGAUCGACACGUCUGAGAUUGGCUCUGAAGUUUUUAUUGGGAUCGAGGCAAAAGGACUUAGUAACAGAUUCAAAGUUGUAAUAAACAACUGCUGGGCCACUCCUACUCCUUACUCAACAGACAGGAAGAGGUGGAGUCUCAUCAUUAACAGCUGCUCCUCUGACAACACUGUGACUAUUUUUGAAAAUGCCAAAGACAGCCGCUCCAUGUUCAAGUUCAACUCAUUCCGCUUCCAACGGCUGGAGAAGGUUUCCACCGUCUGGCUCCACUGUGAGGUCCAGGUUUGUGAUGGAGAGAGGCUUGUCUGUCAGCCAGGCCCCUGCUCUGUGAGAAGUCUAUUGUCGGAGGCAGAUCCAAGUGGGGGGAUCCUCACUACUGAGUUUCACAUUAAAGGUAAUGGAUCUUCCAAUAAUGGGCACAUAACAGGCGCCUCACUGUUCAUCCUGCUGGUCCUCGUGAUAAACACCUGUUGUGAUUUAGUAAAUGGAUCAAGAAUGUAGUAAAUAUUUCAUUUUCAUUCACACAACAUUCAUUUACAUAAACUAAACGCACACACACUGAGGGGAGUGUCACCCAGGACUCAGGGAGUGUAUGGUUACAGCCCCCCCCCCACACAGAAAUGAAUGAUUGUCAGAUAUUAUUUGUAAUUAGCACAUUUAUUGACACUGUGGAUAACCUUUUUUAAGUUACAUACAUUAUUUCACUGCUUCCGCCAAUAAAUAUGAAUUGAAAAUUCAAACAACA